GGCACACAACAGAGCGCAGUGGCGGCGUAUAUAGCUGCACUUCCCGGGGCCGUUGACGGUAAAAAAGCGCAGCAUGUUUUAUCCGUGAGUCCAUCCAGCUCUUGGAGAAGCGACCAUCAUGUUAUUGUCGUCUGCUUAGUGGACUUUUCUCCCCGCGCUACUCGGAAGGUCUCCUGGUCGCUAGACACAAGAAUGGCUGCCUGGCACACUUCGGACUUAGCAGCCUCCUAAACGGCCUUUCUUACACAACUUGACGCCUUUUGGACUUCAACUAAGUUCUUCUUUCAGGGGAAUUUAUUGCAAAUACACUUCCUGGCGACGUCUGGCGAACAAUGGCGUCCUAUGUGGAUAACAGCUUUCGGGCAGCGGUGAUGAUGAAGCCGGCGGAGAGGACGCAACAGGACCUGGAGAUUGUCUACUCCUAUCUUCACGGCAUGGAGGCCUUGUCCAACCUGCGUGAGCACCAGCUGAGGAUGAUGUGUGAGACGGUGCGUUAUGAGCGGCACGAAGCCAAUGAAGUCCUCUACUACCCAGACGACAUCGGCAGCUGCUGGUACAUCCUUUUAUCGGGAUCCGUGUUCAUCAAGGAGUCCAUGUUCCUGCCCAGAAGCAGUUUCGGAAAGCGAUCGGCAGGCAGCGUGAGACGUGGAUGUGAGUGUAUCGUCCUGGAACCCUCAGAGAUGAUUGUGGUGGACUACAUGGAUGAAAAUGAGGAGUACUUCCAGCGACAAGCCUCCCACCGACAGUCCCGCCGCCGCUUCCGGAAGAUCAACCAGAAGGGGGAGAGGCAGACCAUCAUUGACACGGUGGAUCCGUACCCCGCUGGAAAGCCGCCCAUAGCCCGGGGGUACCACACGCUUCCCGCAGACUUCAGCAGACUUCACCUGGCUGACGGCUUGCACCCACAGGUGACCCACGUUUCCUCCAGCCACUCAGGAUGUAGUAUCACCAGCGACUCCGGAAGCAGCAGCCUGUCAGAUAUUUACCAGGCCACAGAGAACGAGCCCGGCGACAUGGACCUGAGCGGCCUGCCGGAGACGGCCGUCGACUCCGAGGAGGACGACGAUGAGGAGGACAUCGAGCGAGCCUCGGACCCGCUCAUGAGUCGGGAUAUCGUGCGGGACUGCCUGGAGAAGGACCCGAUGGACCGGACGGACGACGACAUAGAGCAAUUACUGGAGUUCAUGCAUCAACUGCCGGCCUUCGCCAACAUGACCAUGUCCGUGCGGCGGGAGCUCUGUGCCGUCAUGGUGUUCGCCGUGGUGGAGCGCGCCGGAACCAUUGUUCUCAACGAUGGCGAGGAGCUGGACUCGUGGUCAGUCAUCCUGAAUGGCUCGGUGGAGGUGACGUACCCUGAUGGGCGGACAGAGAUUCUGUGCAUGGGGAACAGCUUUGGGGUGUCGCCAACCAUGGAGAAGGAGUACAUGAAGGGCGCCAUGAAGACCAAGGUGGACGACUGCCAGUUUGUGUGCAUCGCCCAGCAGGACUACUGCUGCAUCCUCAACCAGGUGGAGAAGAACAUGCAGAAAGUGGAAGAAGAAGGCGAGAUCGUCAUGGUGAAGGAGCACCGAGAACUGGACCGCACCGGGACCAGGAAAGGACACAUUGUCAUAAAGGGCACAUCGGAGCGUCUCACCAUGCACCUGGUGGAGGAACACUCCGUGGUGGACCCUACCUACAUCGAGGACUUCCUGUUGACCUACAGGACUUUCCUCUCCAGCCCUAUGGUCGUGGGCAAGAAGCUCUUGGAGUGGUUCCAUGACCCAAGUCUCAGGGACAAGGUCACACGAGUGGUGCUGCUGUGGGUGAACAAUCACUUCAAUGACUUUGAGGGCGACCUUGCAAUGACUCACUUUCUGGAAGAGUUUGAAAACAACCUGGAGAGAGAAAAGAUGUGCGGCCACCUCCGACUGUUAAACAUAGCGUGCGCUGCUAAGGCCAAGCCGCGGCUGGUGACGCUGACCAAGCCCUCCAGAGAGGCACAGCUGGCUUUCAGCCUCCUUGGUGGACAGGAGAAAGGCUUCCGCAUAUUCAUCGACGCCGUGGAGCCCGGGAGCAAGGCAGCAGAGGUCGGCCUUAAACGGGGGGAUCAGAUUCUGGAGGUCAAUGGUCAAAAUUUUGAGAAUGUCCAACUCAGCAAAGCCAACGAGAUUCUGAAGAACAACACCCACUUGUCCAUAACUGUGAAAACCAAUCUGUUAGUUUUUAAAGACCUGCUAACCAGACCCGAGCAGGACCACGAUGUCGACGGCGAGGAGGAGCACGACAGGAAGAACGGGGCACCCCACCUCCCCAAGAUCGGGGACAUCAAGAAGGCCAGCCGCUACUCCAUACCCGAUCUGGCGGUGGACGUGGAGCAGGUGAUGGGCCUGGAGAAGGCCAGCAAGAAGGCCAAGACGAGUACGGUGGGGGGACGCAACAAGCUCAAGAAGAUCUUUGACAAAACGCUCACCAGCAUUCUUCCCCCUAAACCGUACAACGACGUGUGCGUGGGCCAGUCGCAGGAUGACAUUAUUUUGGGCAUGAAGCAGUCCAAACAGAUCCCACCGGCGCUGCCCGUCAGCGGCAACCUGUCGUCCUCAAACCCGGACCUCUUGCAGUCCCACCACCGCAUCCUGGACUUCAACAACCAGCCUGACAUGUCAGACCAGGUGUUGCGCGUCUUCAAAGCCGACCAGCAGUCCCGCUACGUCAUGAUUGGCAAGGACACCACGGCUAAGGAGGUGGUCGUCCAGGCCAUCAGGGAGUUUGCCUUGACGGCGGCGCCCGAGGCGUAUUCGCUAUGCGAGGUGUCCGUCACCCCUGAGGGCGUCAUCAAGCAGCGGCGGCUCCCAGAGCAGCUGUCCAAGCUGGCAGACAGGAUCCAGCUAAGUGGAAGAUACUACUUGAAGAGCAACAUGGAGACGGAGACGCUAUGCUCCGACGAGGACGCCCAGGACCUCCUCCGCGAGGGCCAGAUCUGCCUGCUGCAGCUCAGCACGGUGGAGGUGGCCACGCAGCUGUCCAUGCGCGCCUUUACACUCUUCUGCGCCAUCGAGCCCACCGAGUACAUCGACGACCUGUUCAAGCUGCGCUCCAAGGCGGGCUCGGCCAGCCUCAAGCGCUUCGAGGAGGCCAUCAACCACGAGACCUUCUGGGUGGCCACCGAGGUGACGCGAGAGCCCAACCAGCUCAAGCGCAUGAAGACGGUCAAGCACUUCAUCAAGAUUGCACUGCACUGUCGCGAGUGCAAGAACUUCAACUCCAUGUUUGCCAUCAUCAGCGGUCUGAACCUGGCUCCCGUCUCCAGACUGCGGGGAACAUGGGAGAAAGUUCCCAGCAAGUACGAAAAGCUCUUUGGCGACCUGCAGGACCUCUUUGACCCCUCCAGGAACAUGGCCAAGUACAGGAAUGUCCUCAACAAUCAGAACCUGCAGCCGCCCAUCAUCCCUCUUUUCCCCGUCAUCAAGAAGGACCUCACCUUUUUACACGAAGGUAACGACUCCAAGGUGGACGGCCUGGUGAACUUUGAGAAGCUGAGGAUGAUCGCCAAGGAAAUCCGUCACGUGGGUCGCAUGGCCUCGGUCAACAUGGACCCGGCCCUCAUGUUCAGGACCCGGAAGAAGAAGUGGAGAAGUUUAGGCAGCUCUCUGAGUCAGGGCAGCGCCAACGCAGCCGUGCUGGACGUCAACCAGGCGGGAGGCCACAAGAAGCGAGUGCGCCGCAGCUCCUUCCUCAACGCCAAGAAGCUCUAUGAAGACGCCCAGAUGGCUCGCAAGGUCAAGCAGUAUCUGUCCAACCUGAGCCUGGAGACCAACGAGGAGAGCCUGCAGACGUUCUCGCUGCAGUGCGAGCCCUCCAUCAGCACGCUGCCCAAGAACGCUGGCGGCAAGCGGCCGGACACGUCCCCUGUGGUGUCCAGAGCGGCCAGCCAGCAGAGAGGCCAGCUCGCCAAAGGGAACCAGGCUCUCCAGGUUCCUGCUGUGGCCCUUUACCCGUCCCGGAAGAAAGUGCCCGUCAAGGAUCUUCCUCCUUUUGGAACCAGUUCUCCUCAGUCGCUGAAGAAGAUCCUGUCUCUGUCGGAGGAGGCCAGCGAGAGGCAUCGGAGGCAUCCAGAGGACACGGCGUCUAACGCCUCCUCUCAGCUCUCCUCGCCGCCCACCUCCCCCCAAAGCUCGCCCAAGAAGGGUUACAACCGCAUGGGCGACGCCUACUCGGACUCGGGUCACAGCGAGAUCUCGUCGCGCUCCAGCCUGCUCAGCAACUUGUCCUUCGACAUGGCCCACGACGAGAGGAGGCUGCGACACUCGGGCGGAGUCGGGGAUUCGCACGUGGGAGCGCGGCUGGAACGACGAGCCACCACCGACCCUGACCAGUACAGCCUGGGGUCUUACUCAUCGAUGCAGGACUGUCGGGGAAUUUACGCCGGCUGCCCCACGGUGCUCUCCUCCCCCAGCUCUGAAGAGCUGACCCAGGAUCAGGGCGACCGGGUCUCCCUGGACGCCGCCGACAGCGGCAGAGGCUCGUGGACGUCGUGCUCGUCCGGCUCCCACGACAACAUCCAGACCAUGCAGCAGGGCCGCAGCUGGGAGACGCUGGCCUUCGGAGGGGGGCUCCCCCCCGAGGCCCUACUCGGGGGACCCGCCGCGUUGUGGGCCGCCCAGGCUCGGGGGAGCUGGGCUUCGGCCAGCUCGUCCUCGUCCUCGGCCGCCUACUGGGGGGAGGACUCCGAGGGGGACACGGGCACCAUCAAGAGGAGGGGCGGCAAGGACGUCAACGCCGACCCGGAGACGAGUAGCAUCACGUCCACCGGGUCGGAGGAGGCCAAGCAGACCGGCCGGCCGUCCCCGUCGCCCGUCCCCGCCGGCUGCAAAGGUCUGGUCUCCCGGAAAGAGGGGCGCUACCGCGAGCCGCCCCCCACCCCGCCCGGCUACACGGCCCUGACCAUCUCCGACCUCGCCGACGGCCAGCACGCGCCCUCGCCGGCCCCCGCGUCCACCCCCGCCAACAGCGCCGCCACCACCGCCACCACCACCACGGCGCCGUCGCGCCGGCCGCCCGACUACACCACGGCGCUGCAGCGCUCGCGCAUGGUGACGCAGUCGCCCGACUCCCAAGCCCACCAGCAGGCGGCCAAGCAGAGGGGGGGCUGCGGGGGCCCUCAGCCCGCCGAGGAGCACGGGGCCGAGGAAGAGGAGGGUGAGUCCUUGUCUCACAAACUUGUCGCUCUGAGGAAGCCGAGGGCGCAGCGUGCACCCCAGACCCCCCGACCAUGACAGAGGGGGGAGGUCUAAAAAAGCAGCCCCCCCCCCCCCAAAAAAAAUGGCAGGUAAAGACUAAUUUAUCCGAUAGCCCCUCCCCCUUUUCUUAAGGCAUGGACACACUUGGACUGAGACCACGCCCACUAUGACACUUCAUGCAUGCUAGCAGAAGCUCAACAACACAGAACCCCCCCACUCUCCUUUCCUAACUUAGUCCAACCAUCAAGGUAGACCACUACAAUGUAUACACCACUUUGUCAGACAUGCAUCAAGGUAGACCACUACAAUGUAUACACCACUUUGUCUCAUGAUUGGAAUCCAUUUGUGGCCAAGACAUGCUCACGUGCAUCAAAUGUCCAACUUAUUCAUUCAAUCAUUCAUGACUUAUGAACAAUUACCCUAUUUUCCGGACUAUAGAGCCACACCGGUAUGUAAGCCACACCGGUAUGUAAGCCACACCGGUAUGUAAGCCGCACCGGACUAUAAGCCGCAGAUGUAUACGUUGUGAAAUGAGUUAUUCACGCACAAAUAUUUUGUAAAUGUUUAUUUGCAUACCUUAACUGUUUCCAAACUGUGUCUGUAACAAGGCAGUAAAACGGCCGAUCAAACAAAACAGAAGCCACGGUCAUGGACCCACGAGCUGCAGAAGCUAGCUCUCCAAUCAGCCAAACGGACUCGAUAACUCCACGCUGACGUUUUGGUGAAUUUAGUGAGUUAUUUGUGAAAGUGGAACAAUACAGAAAGAAUGCCAUUGGAAGUUAUUACUAACACACACUCGUAAACCUGUUAGCAUGUUAGUUAAUGCUAAUAUAAUCAUUACAUUACGAUAGCACGCACAAAUAUGCAUGAAAACACAUGAGACGGUUUAGUGAAGUCAAUUAUAUUUAUAUAGCACUUUUUCUCAAAGCGCUUUACAUAGUGAAAGCCAAUAUCUAAGUUCCAUUUAAAGCAGUGUGGGUGUGGCACUGGGAGCAGGUGGGUCAAGUGUCUUGCCCAAGGACACAACGGCACUGACUAGGAUGGCAGAAGCGGGGAUCGAACCUGGAACCCUCAAGUUGCUGGCACGGCC